GCCAUCCCCCCUCAGCUAAAACCCAAUCUCGGAUAUACUACUAAUAGGCGCGGCGCUCGCACUAUAAAACACAACAAAUCAUAAACCCGGCGGAGCAGCAGCGGCCGCGCGCGCCUCCCCUCCCAAUGAGUUCCUAUUUCGUGAACUCCACCUUCCCCGUCACUCUGGCCAGCGGGCAGGAGUCCUUCCUGGGCCAGCUACCGCUCUAUUCGUCGGGCUAUGCGGACCCGCUGAGACAUUACCCCGCGCCCUACGGGCCAGGGCCGGGCCAGGACAAGGGUUUUGCCACUUCCUCCUAUUACCCGCCGACGGGCGGUGGCUACGGCCGAGCGGCGCCCUGCGACUACGGGCCGGCGCCGGCCUUCUACCGCGAGAAGGAGUCGGCCUGCGCACUCUCCGGCGCAGACGAGCAGCCCCCGUUCCACCCCGAGCCGCGGAAGUCGGACUGCGCGCAGGACAAGAGCGUGUUCGGCGAGACAGAAGAGCAGAAGUGCUCCACUCCGGUCUACCCGUGGAUGCAGCGGAUGAAUUCGUGCAACAGUUCCUCCUUUGGGCCCAGCGGCCGGCGAGGCCGCCAGACAUACACGCGUUACCAGACGCUGGAGCUGGAGAAGGAGUUUCACUACAAUCGCUACCUGACGCGGCGGCGGCGCAUCGAGAUCGCGCACGCCCUGUGCCUGACGGAGCGGCAGAUCAAGAUAUGGUUCCAGAACCGACGCAUGAAGUGGAAAAAGGAGAGCAAACUGCUCAGCGCGUCUCAGCUCAGUGCCGAGGAAGAGGAAGAAAAACCGGCCGAGUGAAGGUGCUGGAAAGGGAGGGAGGACGCGAGGGGAAAGGCCUGUGGGGAGCCGAGGGCGUCAGAGAGACCCGGGAAGGAAGGCUCUCGGGUAGGGGAGCCAGGAGACCUGCUCUCCAGCGCAGACAGGCGGGGCCCAGCGCUCUCCUGGACGCCCCCGCCCGCGCAGCUCCCGGCGGGUGCUCUGAGGCCUCACUACUCGAGCCCACCCAGCACCCCGCGCGCCCUUCCUUCCAGAGGAACUCGCCUCAGCCUGAUCAGGCUUCCUGGUGAGAACUGAGGAUCGGACUCACUUGAUGUUUCCUGGAAGCAGAGCAAAAUGCUCUUGUCCCUGUCGCGUCUCAUUUCGUCCAUGUCCCCCGUGCACGGUUCAAUGGUAGAUUCGCUGUCCCCUCAGCGGGGGCCUUGAAGACUCCCUGAUCCCAGACCUGUCGUCUCUCCCACCCCCUCCCCAAAGCCACUGGAAGGAGCACAUACUACCUAGAAGUAAGAAGAGGAGCCUCAGAAGAAAACAAAGUUCUAUUUUAUUAAUUUUCUAUGUGUUGUGUUUGUAUUCUUGUCUUAGCUCUGGACGUGAAAUACUUCGAUGAUGAUGAUGAUGAUAAUAAUAAUAAUAAUAAUGAUAAUAAUAAUAACAACAACAACAAUAAUAAAGAUGUGAAAACUCG